AUGGAGCUCAUGGAAGGGAAGAAGAUCUUCUGCAAGAAACUCCUCACCUUCUUGCUCUUCAGCUUCAUCUUCAGCUCCUGUCUCUUCGUUUCUCUUCGUAAGUUCAGGACUUCUGAGCCCGAGCAUUACGAUUCCAGUCCCUCUGCACAAGUAGCCCAUGCUGGAAACACCAGCACCCCACCGAUGGGUGAACACAGGCUGACCAUCCUGCUGUGGAAGUGGCCAUUUGGGCACCACUUUCAUUUCAUAAACUGCUCGGAGCUCUACAGCACCCCGGACUGCCAUUUCACCGUCAACCACAGCUGGUCCCAAAAGGCUGAUGCUGUGAUUAUGCAUCACAGGGAUGUGUGCAGGGACAGGGAGGGGCUGGCCCAGCUCCCCAGACUCCCUUCCCAGCGCUGGAUCUGGUUCAACCUGGAGUCCCCAAGUCACUCUCCAAACUUAGGCGCCAUGGACAACCUCUUCAACCUGACCAUGUCUUACCGGAGAGACUCGGACAUCUUCACCCCUUAUGGGGAGCUACGGCUCCUUGGCCAGCCCCAGCCCCUCAGUAUCCCACCCAAGACCAAGCUGGUGGCCUGGGUAAUCAGCAACUGGAGAGCAGGCUCCCACCGAGUGAAGUACUACCAGGAGCUGAAGAAACACAUUGCUGUGGACGUCUAUGGGCGACAUCACUUGCCCCUGCCCUGGGACAAGCUCCUUCCCACUGUGUCCCAGUACAACUUCUACCUGGCUUUUGAGAACUCGCAGCAUGAAGACUACAUCACUGAGAAGCUCUGGAGGAACGCCUUGUCCUCUGGCACUGUCCCUGUUGUGCUGGGGCCUCCUCGAGAAAACUACGAGCGCUUCUUGCCCCCUGACUCAUUCAUCCAUGUCGAUGACUUUGCCAGUGCUGGGGACCUGGCGCGGUACCUGUGGGAGCUGAGCGAGGAUGCCGAGAGAUACCAGCGCUACUUCCAGUGGCGCAAGUGGUUGAAACCUGUGGUGGAGGCCGACUGGGCCCGGCAUGUCUGCAGAGCUUGUCACUUCUUGCAGAUGACAGAGGCCAGGUACCAGGUUGUGCCCGAUCUGUCUGAGUGGUUCGUGUAA